AUGCCUGGAUCUCUUCUCGAGGUCAAAUACGAGCCUACCAGAAAGUAUAUAACCUUGGCAAGCCCGAGUCCCGAGUGAGGUUCAUUGAGACCAACAUACUUUUAAUUUCUAAACAUGCAGGUUACUCUUCUCUUCGGCAUCGUCACUUACUAUGUCACUCUUGCUACAGUUGCAGACCUUCAUGACGACAGUGAGGUCGACGUUGAGAAACGCGAGGAACUUGGCUCACUCCUGAACAUAUCAUACAAGUGUUACGGCUGCAGGGACGACGUGGAGCAUCGCGAGGAGCUUAACACUUACGGAGACACAGUCACUAUAGUUAGUACUGGUCCCGUAACGCAGAUAAUGCGAUACUGAGGUUUUUAUUGUGUUACAAUGAUGUCUUUCGUAUGAGACAUGCGUCAAACCUUUCGAGCUAUGCACCGUGUCGAGCCUUGUCUGCUCUUUAAUCAUGGCCUUCUGCGUUCUGAUGUUGUGUCAACAUUUGCCUUGACGUUGACACAAUCACAGUCCAAGUGAAUCCCUGAGAGAAGGCCGGAUGAGUCUUGUUCGCCAAGUAAUGGGCGCAUUGUCUCAACUUGAAGUUCAUAGAACUGCUGCGGGUACUAGGCUAGACGCCGGCGUUGAUCGAUCACCUAUCCGCGCCGAAGUGUGUCUGCAUUGGUGAACGGAGUGUGACGGAGAGAUACAUUACCAAUAAUGAUUCCAAUGCGCU